AUGGAAAGGUUGUCGCUUGACAAGUUGUGGGUAGAUUUUGUGGAAGGAAAAACUUUGCUGGAUGUUCUGAAACUUUAUGUCUGCUUAAUGACAUGUAACGUCAGUCAUUUAGCGAAGUUUAGAAAAGUGAGCAAACCUGAAAAACUGAUUGCUUUAAUUAUUUUUAUUGCAUUUUUAAUUGCACAAUAA